AUGAUGUGUAACAAAAAUACAUGUUUUCGCUAAACUAAAAUAUUAUUAACUACAUUGUGACGGGCGUGUCCGAAUUACUGCAAACUCCUACUAUCUUUACGGGAGGUUCAUGAUAAUAUGUGAUUAAUUUCGUUGAUAUUUUCUAUUUUUCUCCCUCAAUCCGACUGUGGCUUUUGCAAAUUCUCGAAUAUAACAAUAGUUUACAGCUAAAAUGGAAAAACAGUCAAUACACAGUAAGGACAGUUAUACAGAACGGCGGAAGUUAUUCAAAAACAUUUGGGAUACCGCCGUGAAGCUGGAUGAGAAGGACAAGGAAUCUGAACAGGCGGCUGUGGCCAAACCUAAGGUUAUAAAAACAUUAAGACUGGGCGAAUCGGACGAGAUAAACGUAGGCAAGAACAAGAAGCAGCGCAUCAAGAACUUGCGGAUCGUCUGCAACCGGCUGCUCGACAUUUGCAAUAAGCAAGAAUCUAUCGAGGAACAGGUGUAUGAUCAGAUGUCCGCUGCUCGCCACGAUUCCAGCGUAACCUCCACAAUGGGCGUCCACCAACGAAAGCGUAAGAAAAAAACCACUAGGACAAAAAAGAAAGCCAAAAAGAACUACCAACUACCGAAACUUCCGCAACCGCCGCCAGUCGAUAUCCAAGAAGAGACGGCUUCGUUUAACGUUGACGAAGACGGCGCGAUUACGCACCGAGGGACGAAACCUCUCAGAGACUUGAAUUCUCUGAGAAUGGAGCGAGCACUGCUCAUUGAGCGGUUUCUAGCCGAACGACUGAAUCUACAAAACGUUCGUACGCCCGAGCCUGGAGAAUCUGAGCAAAAACUCGGAGACGCCCAUCGCAAAGUAGUUAAAAAAUCAACAAAAAACAGAAGAAAUGUCAGCGCGACGCCGUCUCCGGAGCCGCGCGGCGCCGGCGCAGCGAGAAGGUUAUCGCCUGGCCGACAGUGUUGCCCCAUUCCGAUUAUUAACUUGGUUCUUCAACUAGAUUAGCUGAAAGCAGUGUCAGUGUUUCAUGAUAGUGGUAAAGUUGCAUAGACAGUGAGA